UUUUGUAUUACAAGCCGCGGCACUUUACGGCUCUCUUCCUCGUUCCUCCGGCGGGAACACGGCCCGUCCCGCCCCUUUCGCCCAGCGGGCCCCGCCCUACUCCGCGUGGAUUGGUUAACCGCCCUUCUAGCCCGGUGCUGACUGGCUCGCGUCGCUGCCACUUUCUUUCAGCCCAGUGGCGCGCGGCGCGGCGUGGCGACGACCGCCGGAGCGUGUGCAGCGGCGGCGGCGGAAGUGGCCGGCGAGCCCGGUCCCCGCCGGCACCAUGCUUCCCUUGUCACUGUUGAAGACGGCUCAGAAUCACCCCAUGUUGGUGGAGCUGAAAAAUGGGGAGACGUACAACGGACACCUGGUGAGCUGCGACAACUGGAUGAACAUUAACCUGCGAGAAGUCAUCUGCACGUCCAGGGACGGGGACAAGUUCUGGCGGAUGCCCGAGUGCUACAUCCGUGGCAGCACCAUCAAGUACCUGCGCAUUCCUGACGAGAUCAUUGACAUGGUCAAGGAGGAGGUGGUGGCCAAGGGCCGCGGCCGUGGAGGCCUGCAGCAGCAGAAGCAGCAGAAAGGCCGCGGCAUGGGCGGCGCCGGCCGAGGUGUGUUUGGCGGCCGGGGCCGAGGUGGGAUCCCGGGCACAGGCAGAGGCCAACCAGAGAAGAAGCCGGGCAGACAGGCGGGCAAACAGUGAGCCCACCCAGACCGGCCGCUGCGCCCCCUCCUGCCAGGGCGGCGAUUCCGCUCCACAGUCUCGGACAGAUCUGCUCAGAAAGGAAGAGGCGGGAGUCAGGGGGAACCCCUUCGUGUUUUGCGACCCUCCCUUUUAGGUGAAGUCCCUUUUUCUUGCUAAAACCGGCAAUUCUCCAGUUGGAAAUGUUAUUUGGUGUGUUUGGUUUUGUGAAGCGGCCGUCCCAAAGCUGGCUGGAUUCCUGGAAGAGUCUGUGUUGAAGGCAUCUUUCAAGCCCUCACUCUGGUUCUCAGGGCGGCAUUUUCCAGACGGGUUUGUUUUGCAUUUCUCGGAGCCUCUCUGAGCAGUGACCAGACGGGAGAUUUUUAUUUUAAGCUGUUCACGCUGGGACUGACAGCCUGCAGAGUUUCUCUGGGCGCGGCCCCAAAAUUGCCUUCAAAACAAACCCGGGACGGUUGAAAGCCUUCGAACCCGUGCACAGGAUGCCUUGGGCCCUGGCCCAUCGCUUCCUCUCUUGUGUUACAAAAAUAAAAACAAAUAAAACUACACACCGCACA